AUGGGGUGUAAAAUUAAGUGGACCUUGUGUGCAGGGACUGCAUUUGUACUUCGUUGCCGCAAGUCAGGGCGGGUCUUCUUGCUGUUUUGUCAUGUGUUAGGGUCGGCUGGGGUUUUGCACAUAGUGUUAGGAACAAUGCGUUAUUUUCAAAAUCCCUACGUUGGACCGCAUGGUGAGGUUCCCAGUAGCACCCCACUUCCCUCCGUUGAUGACUUCGCGCAAAUGGCCUCAGAUAUGGUGAAAGAUUGCUUCCAGGUGUCAUGCCGGAAAAUUUCAAUUCAUGAUGGGGGCCUCUAUGUCGGAGGCAUCGGUGUGGCCUGGGCUGCCCUUCGUGUAAUGCAGCGGCUAGGGGAAAAGGGCUUCGAAGCCUUCCUUCCGCAAGUUCGCAAGUACAUUGAAGGAAUUGUCAAUAAGGCGGCACAGGACGCACCACGCGAUACUGAGGAACGCCUUUCCUUCCUCCUCGGUAUGCCCGGCGUGUGGCUUACUGCAGCCUACCUCUAUCAAUUAUCUGGAGAGGUCGUUGAACGAGAUCGUUUUUUGGGACUAUAUGCGCAACUUGCGCCGGUAUUCGCCUCUCUUCAGCCAGGAAACACCAAAGUCAUAUUCUCUCAAGGCUCUGAUGAGUUUUUUAUCGGUCGCGCGGGCUAUUUGUGCGGCUUGCAUGAACUCCGCAAAGUUACGUCCGAGGCUGUUGUGUCAGAUGAGACAAUUUUUGCCAUCUGCGAUGCUAUCAUCGACUCGGGCAGGGCCUACGCCAAGCGGCAUUACUCACAGUGCCCGCUCAUGUUCGCCUACCACGGGACUGAGUACCUUGGGGCGGCGCAUGGACUGGCAGGCAUUCUCUUCGCCUUGCUGCUCUUCCCUCAAUACUUACAGACUCACAAAGCGGCCGCGGAGGCGGUGCGGGCGGCUGUAGACUACUUGAUUGCAGUUACUCCGCCAGACACUGGCAACCUGCCUGUGGCCACCGACGAGCUACCGCCGCAUCGCCGUUCGGCUUCCGACGAACUCGUCCAUUGGUGCCACGGUGAUGCUGGUGUGGUGUAUGUUUACGCAAGGGCAUAUGUUUUAUGGAAGGACGAGAAGUACCUUCGCGAAGUUGUCAGAUGCGCGGACGUCGCUUGGCACAAGGGCCUACUAAAGAAGGGUCCAGGCCUGUGUCAUGGCGUGGCGGGCAGCGGGUACACGCAGUUGGCGGCUCUGCGUGUAACGGGGGAGCAGCGUUACGCGGAGCGGGCGCGCGCCUGCGCUGCUUUCCUCCACUCCGAGGUCUUCCUCCGGGAAGCCCGUCGGCCCGACAAUCCUGCCUCUCUCUUCGAGGGCCGCGCCGGCACCUCCCUCUUCCUCGCCGACCUCACUCAUCCCGAGCUUGCUGCCUUCCCCUUCAUGGACCCCUUUGAAAUUGUUUGUGAGGAAGGCCAUUACUGGAGAUUGAUGUCUCCCCCUGCUGAAGUGGCAGCUCUGGCUGUGGUACUAUCUUCAAGGUGGGAGAUUUACUUGGCGAUGGUUGGGCGUAUUAUUCUUGAAAAGGUCGCCAAUCUUCUCAUGCAAUAG